GGAAGCUAAGGAUUUUUGGGGGAGAGAAUAAUUGAAGAAUCCCUUUUUCUCUUCUUUUAUAUAUAUAUAAUAGUUAUUUUUGCUUUCUUUCUGAUCAUUUGUGCUUGUUGAGCUAAUAAAUCCUAAGAAAUUAAGAAGAAGAAGAAGAUGUCAAACUGCAUAGAUGUGUCGUCGUCGUCAUCAUCAGAGCAACUGUGCUACAUCCCUUGCAACUUCUGCAAUAUAGUCCUUGUUGUAAGUGUACCAUGCAGCAGGUUGAAGGACAUGGUGACCGUCCGAUGUGGGCACUGCACCAAUCUCUGGUCUGCUAACAUGGCAGUCGCCUUUCAGUCACUCUCAUGGCAUCAAGAUGGUGUUCAGGGACCCAAUUAUAUAGCACCAGGUAACAGAAAUAUUGAUAAUCUGGGUUCCUCUUCCAAAUCCAACAAGUACUCACUGCGACAACUACCACCCACCAAUCCCUCUAAUGAGGAGAGGAUUGUGAAUCGACCUCCAGAGAAGAGGCAGCGAGUACCUUCUGCAUAUAAUCAAUUCAUAAAGGAGGAGAUUCAGAGGAUCAAAGCCAGUAAUCCAGAGAUCAGCCAUAGAGAAGCAUUCAGUACUGCUGCCAAAAAUUGGGCACAUUUCCCUCAUAUUCAUUUUGGGUUGAUGCUGGAGACCAACAGUAGCCAAUCUAAGCUGGACUAGGCAUCCGGGAAUGUCUCAUGACCAUGGCUGCACUACUGAACAAGUGAUGCUUUCACAGAGAAGAUUGGACGUGAAUAAAUUUUGUUAAUUAAUUUAAGUCUUAUGUAUAUGGCUCUGCUUGAUGUACCAUUAGAUAUACAAACAUAUAAGCCAUGUAUGCAAAGAAAUAAAGGCUGCUUUGAUAUUGCGUUGAUCA